ACACCUCCUGCAAUAAACACUCUCCCCUGCAGAGCUGCUCGCAAUGGAGCACUGAACACUGCUUUUAUAGUCGUUUCCCUUUUCCCCCCACACCCCCUCAAUUGUUGAAAACUGUUUUAGAUAGCUAACAUUUUUUUUGAUAUUAUACAACACGGGAACGAUGUGGAUUCAGAUACGGACCAUAGACGGAAAAGAGACCCGCACCAUAGAAGAUCUUUCCAGAUUAACUAAAAUUGAGUAUCUAAGGCUGAAAAUUCAGGAGAUCUUCAAUGUAAGCCCGGAACACCAGCGACUAUUUUACAGGGGAAAACAGAUGGAAGAUGGCCAGACGCUGUUUGACUACAACGUUGGCCUGAACGACAUCGUGCAGCUGCUGAUCCGCUCCACGGCUGACCCGCCCGACAGCCCCCUGCUGAAGGACUGCGAAGGCAUGGCCUGUAGCUCCGUACAACCCCCUCUCCCCACCGCCCCCGUCCCCGCCCCCACCCCCGCCAUCACCAGCACCAGCACCAGCACCUCCACCUCCACCUCCGCCACCUCCGCCGUCAACAACAAUGGAUCCAAGACCUCCACUCCACCACCUGACAAUCAGCCCUCAACCUCCACACGCUCAUAUCUCAUAGAACCUGGUCUGGGAAACUACAAGAUAAACGAGUUGGUGGACUGCCGGGACAUCAGCAUUGGGGCCUGGUUCGAGGCCAGCAUCAUGAGGGUGACGCCGGCCUCUAAGGGACAAAAUGGCAGACCCAGCGCUUUGGCACAGGCUGGCAAGCCCAGCAAAAGGACUAACGGCAAGCUGGACCUCGACCAGAGCCUCUCCGCCACGGACAAUAACGGAAACUCUGUUUUUAACUCGGACAGUGCGCCGUCCACCUCUCACACGGACUGCAGAGACAAUGAGGAGGAGGUCGCGUAUCAUAUCAAAUACGACGACUACCCGGAGAACGGCGUGGUGGAGAUGUGCGCGGACGACGUCAGGCCUCGCGCCCGUACUGUGCUGAAGUGGGAGCAGCUGGAGGUGGGCCAGGUCGUCAUGGUGAACUACAACAUCGAGAUCCCCGAGGAGCGGGGAUUCUGGUUCGACGCGGAGAUCACCGCCCUCAACGAGGUCUCCAGGACCAACAAGGAGGUUCGGGUGAAAAUCCUGCUGGGAGGCCCGGGCGACGUGAUUGAAGAAUGUAAGCUCCUCUUUCUGGAUGAAAUUUACCGAAUCGAGAAGAUCGGAGCGCGCCCACUGUCUGCCGCGGACGGGCAGUUCAAACGGAAGAGCGGCCCGGAGUGUAAGCACUGCAAGGCGGACCCGGACUUGGAGUGCCGUUUCUGCUCGUGCUGCGUGUGCGGGGGCAAGCAGGACGCCCACAUGCAGCUCCUGUGCGACGAGUGCAAUAUGGCCUUCCACAUAUACUGCCUCAACCCUCCGCUCGCCACCAUUCCCGACGACGAGGACUGGUACUGCCCCACCUGUAAGAAUGACACCAGUGAGGUAGUGAAGGCUGGGGAGAAGCUGAAGGCCAGCAAGAAGAGGGCCAAGAUGCCAUCGGCCAACACAGAGAGCCAGCGGGACUGGGGCAAGGGUAUGGCCUGUGUGGGACGCACAAAGGAGUGCACCAUUGUCCCCUCCAACCACUACGGGCCUAUACCCGGGGUUCCCGUGGGCACUACCUGGAAGUUCCGAGUACAGGUGAGCGAGGCCGGGGUGCACCGGCCCCAUGUAGGCGGUAUCCAUGGUCGCAGCAACGACGGCUCCUACUCACUGGUGUUAGCUGGCGGGUUUGAGGAUGAAGUGGACAGGGGCGAUGAGUUCACCUACACGGGGAGCGGGGGUCGUGACCUCUCAGGAAACAAGCGCAUAGGGGAGCACUCCUUCGACCAGACCCUGACCCACAUGAACAGAGCCCUGGCACUGAACUGCGACGCGCCUUUGAACGAUAAGGACGGGGCGGAGUCACGGAACUGGCGUGCGGGGAAGCCGGUGCGCGUGGUGCGCAGUUCUAAGGGCCGACGCAUCAGCAAGUACGCCCCGGAGGAGGGGAACCGAUACGACGGCAUCUACAAGGUGGUGAAGUACUGGCCAGAGAUCGGUAAGUGUGGUUUCCUGGUGUGGAGGUACCUGCUGAGACGUGAUGACCUGGAGCCGGCUCCCUGGACCUCAGAGGGGGGGGAGCGCAUCAAGAAGCUGGGCCUCUCUGUGCAGUAUCCGCCCGGUUACCUGGAGGCCAUGGCCAAUAAGACCAAGAAGGAGGCCACUGUGCGCAGUGGCGUCCGGGGCAAGAGGCAUUCUGGGAGAGGGCGCCCGCGGACUCAGCCGCUGCCGAAGAAGGUGAAGGAGGAGCAGGCGGAGGAGGAGAGCGUGAUGGUGCCAGUGCAGGAACCGGACGGAGGUCACCAGAGCAAUGGCAGCCAGAAAACGCCCAAGGAAAUAGACGUGCCCGUGGAAGAGCCCCCGGUGAAGAGGCUGAAGGAGGUGGAGGCCUUCCAGCUCUCCGAGCACCAGCGCGCCCUGAUCCUGGAGGACGAGCCCAACAGGAAGCUGUGGGACGAGGCCCUGGGCUUCCUGAAGGAGGGACCGAACUUCCUGAGGAAGGUGGAGCAGACCUUCAUGUGUGUGUGCUGCCAGGAGCUGGCGUUUCAGCCCGUCACCACUGUGUGUCUGCACAACGUCUGCAAGACCUGCCUGCAGAGGUCGUUCCGUGCAGAGGUGUACACCUGUCCAGCAUGUCGCCAUGACCUGGGGAAGGACUACGUCAUGGUGCUCAACAAGACACUACAGGUGCUGCUUGACCAGUUCUUCCCUGGCUACAGCAAGGGUCGAUGAGCUGGCUAACCUCAUAUACAAAAUAUGAGGUUAGGGAGAAUGCACACACAUACAUACAUACAGACAUGCACUCACACUGCCACAUACACCCAUAGGCAGACACACAAAUAUUUCGAUAAACCCAUACAGUCUUACAUGACACAUAGCUGAUACAUACAUAAGGCAUGUAUGUACACCCACACCCACACACAGACUCACACAGACACAUCGUCCGUGGCCAGCCCAGCUAUGACUGACCCCCGACCCUUCUGGAAGUUUGACUGCCCCCUGCCGCCCUCUCGACUUCACCAGCCGGCUGUUCCCAGAACACCCCCCCUACGACUGCGUCUCCUCCUGGUGCACCCCCCCCCCCCCCAACGAUUAUGUCUUUUCCAGGUGCCCUUCCCCUGCCACGAUUGCAUCUCCUUCAGAUGCACCUCCUCCCCCCUACAAUCGUGUCUCCUCCAGGUGCACCUCCUCCUCCCUCGCCUCAGAAGACCGCCGCUGCUGGACCCGCACUGUGGCCCGUUAGACUCCCCCGCCAGGAGGUCGGAGUAACAGACCACACACACAAGCGAUGGAGCCCAGCGGCAGAGAGCUAGCGCUGGGGGUCAGUCCCCGGUAGUGGUGUGGGUGUUGGGGAAAUGGCUUUUUCCGUUUGUCACUUCAGAGGUGCACGGCCUCUCUGCUUCUUUUAAGUGUACGUGCCUGGUUCAGAAAACGCCUGCUCUGCCCGUCGACCCCUGUUUUCUGUGUCGUCCCUUUAAAACAUUCAAAGGAUUUUCGUUUAUUUUCUUUUCUUAUUUUUAAAGCAUAAAAUGCAACCGUUUUAAUGAGUAUGUUGUCUCUAAAGCAAACUGUGAUGUGCAUUGCCCCCUCUUACGGCUCUUAAUUUCUUUUAAAUUUUUUUUUUUAAACCUGUACCUGUUUUUUCUGCAAUGAUUGGCAAAGCUGUCUACUUUUGCGUGAGCUUUUCUGUGUUCUCUUCAAUCUUGUACCCUACAGUUUACUGCAGUACUAACAGUUUUAGAAGUCAUGUGGCUGCUUCGCUCUUGCAUUAUAGUGUUGUGUUAUAUGUUUUAUUGCACUUACUGAAGAAAAGAGAAAUUGAAAAAAAAAAAUUGUCACAUCUAAUUUCCAAUAUUACCAAGUAUGCCACUUUUCUAUAAUUUAGUUGCAUAUUAUAUUUUAAUCAUUAGUUCUUUGUAUGUGGCAACCUUACGUGCUGCACUGUCAGCCUGAAGCUACAUUGCUUCAUAUCGUGAUCUGAAAUUUUAUACAUGGUAUAAUACUUGAUAUGUACCUAUUAAAUAUUUUGAUUCCAAAAUGCAAACCAAA